UUCCCUGCCCUGGUUCCGAUAACAUCUUCAGGUUUCACUUUCCCCAUCCGUUAGAAUAGAUAUCUCUGUUACUGCUGUUUUUUAUAAAGUUGCUCUCAUUGUCAUGCAAGAAGGAAGAGACCCCACUGUAGAAAGAAGCAGAGUUUCCGGAAUAAGAAUUCCAACCGGAUUGGGAAUCAGAGCCGCUAAUCCCCCAUUGUUUAGUGAAAUUUAAUCACCACCGCCGCGACCCGCCGCCACUCACCAACCUCCGCCAUCUCUCUCCCUCUCCUCGGUCUCUCUCUCUCUCUUCCUCUCUGUCUCUCUGGUUCCGCAGCCAUCGCUCACCACCACCGGACGGUGGUGGUGGUCCGUUUUAAAAUCUAUUGUGCUGUAAACGAUGGAAUCAUCAAUCUUAUUGAUAAGACAUGAAGCUAUCAAAGCCCUUGAUAUAUACAAAAGAGCCGAUCAGCAGGUGGAUUAAGGACAUGGACACAAAAUCGUUUUCAUCCUCCGAGAGUCAAAGUCAAAGUCAAAGACACAAUGUGCCUUACAUUCAUAAGGUUGGAAUUCCUCCAAAACAAGAUUUACUGAAAGAAUUCAAAACUACCGUGAAAGAAACGCUUUUUUCGGAUGAUCCUUUACGCCCCUUUAAAGAUCAACCGAAAUCCAGACAGUUCAUGCUUGGCCUUCAAGCAAUAUUCCCUAUUCUUGAAUGGGGCAGAAGCUAUACUCUCAAAAAGUUUAGAGGAGACCUUAUAUCUGGGCUCACCAUUGCAAGUCUUUGUAUUCCUCAGGACAUUGGAUACUCAAAACUUGCAUUUUUACCUCCUCAAUAUGGACUAUAUUCGAGCUUCGUGCCUCCUUUGAUUUAUGCAUUUAUGGGUAGUUCACGAGAUAUAGCCAUAGGACCUGUUGCAGUUGUGUCCCUUUUGUUGGGGACGCUUCUUCAAAAUGAAUUCGAUCCGGUGAAUAAUGCAAAUGAGUAUCGUAGGCUUGCAUUUACAGCUACCUUUUUUGCAGGAAUUACCCAAGCUACUCUUGGAGUUCUUAGAUUGGGGUUUUUAAUCGACUUUCUAUCCCAUGCUGCCGUUGUGGGGUUUAUGGGGGGAGCUGCAAUAACCAUAGCCCUUCAACAACUAAAGGGUUUUCUUGGCAUCAAACAUUUCACAAAGAAAACUGAUAUUAUUUCUGUAAUGAAGUCGGUCUUCGGGUCCGUUGAUCAUGGGUGGAACUGGCAAACAAUAGUGAUUGGAGCAAGUUUUUUGUUUUUUCUACUUUCCGCCAAGUACCUUGGAAAGAAAAAUAAGAAGCUGUUUUGGGUGCCUGCGAUUGCGCCAUUAAUCUCGGUUAUCUUGUCUACUGUUUUCGUGUAUAUCUCCCAUGCGGAUAAGGAAGGUGUUGCAAUUGUGAAACAUAUAGAGAAAGGAAUUAACCCUCCAUCUGUAAAUGAGAUUUAUUUUUCAGGUGAAAAUCUUCUAAAAGGGUUUAGAAUCGGUAUCGUGGCCGGUAUGAUAGCUCUAACGGAAGCCGUUGCAAUUGGAAGAACCUUUGCUUCAAUGAAGGACUACCAAGUCGACGGGAACAAAGAAAUGAUAGCGUUGGGAACGAUGAAUGUGGUAGGCUCAAUGACAUCAUGCUAUGUCGCAACAGGUUCAUUUUCGCGCUCGGCUGUAAAUUUUAUGGCAGGCUGCCAAACAGCAGUCUCUAACAUAGUGAUGUCACUAGUGGUUUUCCUCACUUUAAAAUUCUUGACACCACUUUUUGAGUACACCCCAAAUGCAAUCCUCUCUUCAAUCAUCAUAUCUGCUGUGAUCGGUUUAAUCGACUACGAAGCUGCAAUUUUAAUCUGGAAAAUCGACAAAUUUGAUUUCGUUGCUUGUUUGGGAGCCUUUCUUGGUGUCGUUUUCGCAUCUGUUGAGAUCGGCCUUUUGAUUGCUGUCGCGAUAUCUUUCGCCAAAAUCCUUCUUCAAGUUACAAGACCAAGAACGGCUAUUUUGGGAAGAAUUCCCAUGACAAGUGUUUACAGAAACAUACAACAAUAUCCCGAAGCAUCUAAAGUCCCCGGCGUUUUGAUCACGAGAGUUGAUUCUGCUAUUUAUUUCUCUAACUCUAACUACAUCAAAGAAAGGAUACUGAGAUGGUUAACUGAGGAAGAUGAUCAUCUAAGAAAAACAUACCAACCAAGAAUUCAGUUCUUAAUCAUCGAGAUGUCGCCUGUUACAGACAUAGAUACUAGUGGAAUACAUGCAUUUGAAGAGUUGUACAGGAGUUUGGUUAAGAGAGAUGUGCAGCUUGUUCUUGCAAACCCUGGUAGAUUGGUGAUAGACAAGCUAUAUGCAUCUGGUUUUCCUGAUCUGAUAGGUGAAAACAAGAUCUUUCUCACAGUUGCUGAUGCUGUUCUCACUUGUUCACCCAAGAUUGGUCAAGAAGUGUGAUCAAGUCUAGCAGAGUUGUAGAUACAAACUCGAGGAACCGAUAUAUAAAAAUAUAUAUAUAGGAACAAAUAUAUGCAUGAUCAUAAGUUAAAAAUGAUAAUAACAUGAACAAAAGUAAGAAUUUGGAACAAAAAAUCAAAGAAAGCAUGGAAGAGAGAUGUAAUGACUUGAGUAUGAAUGAAUGUUUCAUGUUUCCUUUGGAAGGGUAUUAUUGUAAUUUUCAUUUCUAGUA